AUGUCAGACUCCGUCCAGCUGCCUGCUUCAUCCGAGGCGUCGCCGCCGAGUCCGCCGCCUCCGCCUGGUGUGCCGACGCAUUCUGUGUCACCGCUAGCAGCGCCGUCGCGAGAGGCGGAGGACGUGCAACACUCAUCGGCCGCUUCCCCGCUGAAGCGCCCACGCGUCGCCGAGCCCGUUACUCACUUUCUCACUCCCAACGCUCUAGGUGGACUCAGGCAUAGCUCCAACUCGGUUUCGCCCUCCCCUGCGACUUUGACAGCGGAGCGAGUCUGCCAUGACGCCCAUGCCGAUACCGACGCGGUCUCGCCGAAGCAAGCGAGGGUUGAAAGCAGGUCUGUCACACCGCGAUCUCCCUACUCCAACCUGCCGCGCAAGAUCCCUCGCAAGACGCCCGUCUCGAGCCCCACCUCGUCCCUCGCAAACUCCACGCUUGUCACGCCUCCGACUGCCGCCGCUGCAUCUCACGCAUGCACGUCGGCGCCUAGCGUGACAACCGCGGCGAAGAGGAUCACGCUGCAUCAGCGGUGGGCGGCGUUACUGCAUGGCGUGCUCAUGAAGGAGCGGCCGUCGAGCGAGUCUGAGCGGGUGAUGGGUCUGUGUGUGCGUAUCGUGGAAUCGAUUCCGGGCGAUAUGGAGCAAACGAAAGACACUUUUCAGACGCUGCUGUUCAACAUCAAGGACUCCAAGAACGGCGAGUUGCGACGGAAGGUGGUGGAGGGAGAGCUGCUGGUGGAGCGACUCGUCACGAUGGACGACCUUGAGCUGGCCAAUCCGGAGCUGCGCAAGCAUAUCGAAGAGAAGAUUGAGGAGCGCUCCAAGGACACAAACCUCAGCGAGAUUAGGAAGGCAAUGCGGACGAGCAACUCGACACUCUUCAAGUGCCGCGUCUGCGGCGCCCGAGACUCCUCCUGGGAGCAGCGGCAGACGCGCUCGGGCGAUGAGCCGAUGACGGUGAUCAUCACGUGCAACAAAUGCAACACGCAGUGGCGCAAGUACUAA